AUGCCUUGGAUGUUUUUAUGGCACAACAGGUCGACCGAAAUGACAGAUGACCACGAGGCUGCAGAAGGCAAGGAUCAUAAGAAGAAGACCAAGAUCACGGGCACAGAACUGAAAAACAUUUUGAUGUCUGUUGUGCCGCACAUAGAACCAGCAGUCAUCAGCAACCCCAAUUCUAAACAUGAAAUGCUUUCUGUAGAAGAAGUCACACAGUGGUCCCAGUCGCUAGCAAUGCUUCUCUCAACCCAGUGUGGCCAAGAUGCUUUCAGAGAAUUUCUGAAAUCUGAGUUCAGUGAUGAAAACAUCGAUUUUUGGCUGGCUUGUGAAGACUACAAGAAAACCCAAUCUGAUCACUUAUAUGACAAGGCAGUGAAGAUUUACAAGGAGUUUGUCCAGUCAGAUGCUAUUAAGCAAAUCAACAUUGACUUCCAUACAAGAAAAGCGACAGCUCGAAAGACUCAAAAUCCAACACCCUCUAGCUUUGAUGAAGCACAGAAAAUUGUAUACGUACUUAUGGAGAAAGACUCCUAUCCAAGAUUCCUCAAAUCCAGAUUCUACCUUAAUCGGUUAAGCAAAGUUCAGUGCAACAGUCUCAAGUGA